GCGCGCCCAGCGGGUGCCCGCGCGCUGUCGCGCGGCUGAGCGCGCUCCGGGGCCCCGCGCGGCGGCCCGAGAGUGUCUCACCUUCAGGAGAUGGCCUCUUCUAAGUCUUUGAUGAACCUUCUGACCUUCACUUUCGGCUCAGCAAUAGGAUUUUUUGUGUGCUACCUUCUGUUCAGCAUUAUACUAGAAGAACAGGUUAAGAUCCAGCCUCAUGUUCUUCACAAUGAUCCACAUGGUCAGCACUCAGCAGAUACUGACAACAAUCAGCUGCAAGGACAAAUGAAUUUCAAUGCAGAUGCUGGACAGCAUAAAGAUGAGGAUAAAAAUAUUGCAGAAGGACUGUAUCACAAAGUGAAAAUACUGUGCUGGGUCAUGACUGGACCUCAAAAUCUAGAAAAGAAAGCCAAGCAUGUUAAGGCCACUUGGGCCCAACGCUGUAAUAAAGUACUUUUUAUGAGCUCUGAGGAAAAUAAAGACUUCCCAGCUGUGGGCCUAGAAACCAAAGAAGGCAGGGAUCAACUGUACUGGAAGACUAUUAAAGCUUUUCAAUAUGUAUAUGACCAUUAUUUUGAUGAUGCUGAUUGGUUUAUGAAAGCAGAUGACGAUACAUAUGUUAUAUUGGACAAUUUGAGAUGGCUUCUUUCAAAAUACAGUCCUGAGCAACCAAUAUACUUUGGGAGAAGGUUUAAGCCUUAUGUGAAACAGGGCUACAUGAGUGGAGGAGCAGGAUAUGUUCUGAGCAAAGAAGCUCUGAAGAGAUUUGUUGCUGCAUUUAAAACGAACAAAUGCACUCACAGUUCCUCUAUUGAAGAUCUAGCACUAGGAAAAUGCAUGGAGAUCAUCAAUGUGGAAGCAGGAGAUUCUAGGGAUACGAGUGGCAGAGAAACCUUUCAUCCAUUCGUUCCAGAACAUCACUUAAUCAGAGGAUACCUACCAAAAACAUUCUGGUACUGGAACUACAAUUACUAUCCUGCUGUAGAGGGUCCUGGAUGCUGCUCUGAUCUAGCAGUUUCAUUCCACUAUGUUGACUCUGUGACUAUGUAUCAUUUGGAAUAUUUGAUUUAUCAUCUUCGUCCAUAUGGGUAUUUGUAUAGGUACAAUCCUGAUUCAUCAAAGAAUCCAGAAGCGCAGAGCAAAAAUGAAGCACUUGAGAAUGAUCAAAAGCUAAAGCAAAAAUCUUCUGAGAGCUAAUUGGAGUUUGAAGAAACCAAAAAGAAGCCAGUACCAUGAGUAAGAGUCUCCUCAAACUUGUGCAUGAAGCUUGCGGACUGAAAUUACUCCUGGCGAUUCUUAUUUCAAAAAUCAAGUUGGCAGCACUUCCAGUCACCCUGUGUACAGUAGAGUCUGGUGCUGCUCUGACUGCUUGGGGUGGUGUGACCUUGCAGCUCUGCCCACAAAGAUUUGGGGCCCUAAAGCUGUGAAUUUGGAGGUUGCUCUGGCACAAUAAUAUUUGGGAGAAUUUGUAUGAAAAUCAUAGUGGACAGGUUCAGAGAUGAUCGUACCCCAUUUCUGUUCUCCUCUAUUUCCUUUCCAUUAAGUCAGUUCUAAUAUUAGAAAUUGGAUGCUGCCCAGUGAAACACAUCAUGAUGGCUUUCUGAAGUAUUCUCAACCUCUUGAAGUUACUUUCUGUACCUUGCCCUAAAAGUAAGGCAGAGACAUGGAAUUAGGUUCUCCAGUCUGCUUUGCCUUAACAACAGAGUGGCAGAAUUUCACCCACAAGAUUAAUCUGAAUUGUUUGAGAAACAGAAUUCACUGCUGUGAAUUACUUAUAAAGUUUUGAAUUCUGUUGUGGAAAACAAUAUCAAGUUUUCGGGGAGGAAUACUCUUCUGGAGAGAAACCAGAAACAGCUGCUGUAGUUUAAAUUGCUGAGGUGAUGCAAGCUGCUUACAUAUUUGCCUGUGGCUCUUUUUUUUUUCAGUUUUAUUAACUUAUCCUUUUGGUUGAAUGGAUAUAAAAAUUCAUCUUAGCAUUUCUCAGCCUAAGGUAGAUGCUUUUGAAAAUAAAAGUCUGUUUUCUAUUCUUUCAUCCCACCUGCCACAUAAACCAGGAAGAAUAGGAUCUUAGUGAAGUUGCAUUGUAACAACUUGGUUUCAGCCACUAUUAUAAUUAGUUUGUUUCCAUUUUAAUUUUCACUAGAGGUUAAAAUCCUCAGAUCGAGAAAUGUCCUAUUAUAAAACUGCACCAAAGCCAGUUUAUUUGGUUGAAGUACUUAAUUUCACUUUUCUGAACAUUUUUUUCUUCCACUUUAAAAUUUUUUUCUGUAUCUGCUUCUUGUUACCUUUUUCAGCACAAAGUGUUAAAUGAUUCUUUUUUUUUACUGUUUUUGGAGCUGAAGUGCAUAGUUAUUCAUGUAAGCAGGCCUGAAUGCAGGAAAAUGCAGGAAUCUUUCAAAGUGCAUUAACUUUUUCCACUACUUCAUAAGUAUCUCUGCCCUUAACUUUCUUGGGGAGGGACAAAACAGUUGUUUUAAUUACUGAUAUUUUUUUUUCUCAGAGAUCACAUGUAUGUUUUCUAGAGUUAAUAUAAAACGUUCUGGUUUUCUCCUUUUCAAAUUGAGUGAAUAGCAGUAUGGAGAAUGGGAUUAAGCGUGACAUGUUGUGUUUUAUUCCACACUUGAACAGAAGUUUCUUCAUCUUUGUUAUUUUUCACUUUCAUCAUAUUGAUGAAUUUGGACAUAACCUAAUUACCUCCAGUCUUUGUUUUUAAAAGGGCACAUAGUGGUAGCAGACAGCCUUAUUUACUACUGCUGGUCCUUCAGGAUGUUCCUGGAAGAUGAUGUUACCAUAAAGUACUGGAUUUUUUUUUUUUUUCCCAAAGGUAGUUCUAGUACAGAUUGGAGUUCUUUCUGUUGUCCAACAGUAAAGUCAUUACUUUCUUUCUGAGCAUUGCUCUGCAGCACAAUGGUAAUUACUGAAACAGCUCAUGGUGUUGAAAUGCUGCAUGCAUCUUCUCUGCCUGAAUGUAGGCUGAGUUUAUCUAUCAGGUAUUGGUUAAAUAGUUCCUGCAGGGUUAAAUCUGUUGGUCUUUUUGAG